UAAAUCAAUAUUGAUACUGUCAGAGAGGUUUAUGUAAUUGAUAAAAUAUACACAUGUUUUUACUCAGUGUUUUUAUAUUGGUGUGUAGCCGCAAUCUAGAAAAAAUUAUUGAAUUAUAUUAUUGUUUAAAAUUAAGUAAUUAAAUUAACAUGUCUCGUAUUUUUUUUCGUCAGGGUUAAUCUAGCUAGGGCAUUUAUUAUUUGAUAUCAGUGACCCAAUAUUAAUACCAUGAAUGUAAAUAGAUAUGCAUUACGCAACAUUGGGAACCAAAUUUAAUGCUAUUGCAUAACCUUUUAGUAUUCUAAAACUCGUCCAAUUUAAAUGAAAGUGUUUUGUGGCAGCCUAUUUAUUAAUUGAUAAUAAUAUAACAAACAGAAGAUUUAAAAAAAUACAUCACUAAAAUGAGCAUACAUUUUUCGCACCUUCUUGCAAAGACAAUAACAACAAGCUUGCAACAGACCAAUGUAUUGUUAGAUGAUCAUAAAAAUUGCAAGAAGAUAGAAAUCAAUUGAAGUAUGGGUGCAUCGAGGGAGUGCAGAGGGAGUGUCGGGUGGGGCGGGUAAUUAGCGGCGACGAUGUGGGUGCGGGCGGCGCGAGCGCUGCGGGCGCUGCGGCGUGCCGUGCUGCUGCUGCCGCUGGUGCUGACGGCGCUGGCGCUGCUGCUGCUGCCACGCCCGCCGCCGCUCGAGCCCGCCGCGCGCGCCCCCUCCUCGGCGCCGCACCCGCCUCUACCGCCAGCUCGGCCCGAACAGCAUCUCCAGAAUUUCAUCACUGAAACUGAUGAAGAAACGUUGAACCGCGAAGGCGAUGAAGUAUCUCGCAGGCCGUGGUACAUGCGUGGCGGAGAGCAGAGGCCCUGGUUCCACGACGCCAAUGCCAAAGUCUUUCCCGAAGACGCUCCAGGUGAUGACAGGAUCGUCCACCAGUUAAUGUACACAUUGCCAAAAAACGAAGACGUACCACUAAAGAAAAUAUUGCUUGCGAACGGCCUCGGAGCGUGGGGUGUGUCCGGAGGGCGCACUGAAUUCAUCAGAAACAAGUGCCCGGUGGACAGAUGUCUGUUGACGGCUGACUCGAGAGACGCUGCUACAGCUGAUGCCAUAUUAUUUAAGGACCACCACACACCUUUCAAUGUGAAACGACCUAUCAAUCAGAUAUGGAUCCUGUAUUACCUAGAGUGUCCUUACCACACGGCAUCACUGCGUCCAUCGUCGUUAGACGUGUUUAACUGGACGUCCACGUACCGCCGCGACUCCGAUAUCGUGGCGCCUUACGAGCGUUGGGUAUAUCACGACUCCUUGAUCACAGAACGAGAUCUCGACAGGAAUUAUGCCGCUAAUAAAACUAAAAAGGUUGCAUGGUUCGUAUCGAACUGUCACGCGCGCAACCGUCGCUUGCAAUACGCUCGGCAACUCAGCAAGUACAUCCAGGUGGACAUCUAUGGCGCCUGUGGAUCGCACCACUGCCCUCGCACCGAUCCAAACUGCUUGGAGAUGCUCGACAAGGAGUACAAAUUCUACCUCGCAUUCGAAAAUUCUAAUUGUAGAGAUUAUGUGACAGAGAAAUUCUUCGUUAAUGGACUACAGCACAAUGUAUUACCCAUAGUGAUGGGUGCUCGUGCAUCAGAAUACGCUGCGGUGGCGCCUCACAAUUCGUACGUGCACGUCGAAGAGUUCGCCGGCGCCGAAGAACUUGCCGCGUACCUUCACCGCCUCGACGAAGAUGACGACCUUUAUAAUUCCUACUUCAAAUGGAAGGGUACAGGGGAGUUCAUAAACACGUACUUCUUCUGCCGCGUGUGCGCCAUGGUGCACGCCAACGAGCGGCGACAGAGGAACGCGCACUACAGCGACGUGCAAGCGUGGUGGCGCGAGGCGGCGUGCACGCGCGGCGAGUGGCGCGCCAUGACGUCAGACGCCAAAGACAACGGGUAGACCCGCGGCCGUGGCUUUGGACGUUACAAAAUUAUUGAUGGUUGUCCUAAAUGUACCUAAUGCUUAAUAUGUUAAUGUACGACUGAUACCUACUUAAUUUCGGAAGCAAUUGGAAAAUUAUUCAAAGUAUUUUUCAUACAUGCUAGUACUUUAUUUGUCGGACAAACAAACUCUACCGAAUCAGUAUUCUACAGUUUGAAUACAAAGCUGAUGCUGAAGGACUAAGGACGAAUGAAGGUAGGCUGAAAUCGACACAUACCCGUCGAAACUUACCGAGCCCAGUAGCGUUACUGUCAUAGAUAUCAUUAUACGAAUUAAAAUUCGUAUUCACGUCCAAAAUGUAACAAAAUAAGAAUGGUUUAGUUAUUAGAUAACCGUUGUUCGAAUGUGAGUGUAACGUUUUAUUACAAUAUUUUUGUAAAACAAAUUAUCGUAGCGUCGUAGUGCAUUACACCGAUGGUGUUGGUGCCCUAAUGUAAGUAUACGCUUGCGCGACUAGUAUGGAUAUUACCGCUACUGCCUUGUGUUGGUUAUUAAACAAUAGGCAAGUAGGUCAGCGAAACCAACAGUAGUUAAAUUAGAGGAUAUUAGUAAAAAUAUUUAAUUUUUUGUGGUAGCCCUGCACAAACUUUACAAACAUUCCAUAUCUAUAAUUAAAAUAUUAAUUGCAAUAACCAUAUAAAAUACCUCAUAUUUUUAUUACUCAUUACUGUUUAUGCAACUAUAAAAAAUCUUGUGUACGUUAUUUUGCAACUUAUUUAAUAUUUUAUUACAUAUCUGAGCUUAAGUAAGGUAGGUACUCUAAAACAAAACUAAAUCAAUUUUCAAAUACAUAAUUUAAAAACUUUUCAUUAUAUUGAAUACUACAAAUGAUACUCUGUCUUUGUUUAGUACCUAAGCGCUAACCGUAAUCUAGAAAGCGAAACUAAGACUGAGUACCUUCUUGACAAUGCACAAGAUUUAGUUUCUUACACAAUUGAGCUUAACAUGGUUCUAGUCAAUGCGCUGUACAGACAGCACAAAUUGCUUUUAUGCUGAUCGACGCACAAUUUUCCAGUAUCUUGUUAUUUUAUUAUGCAUUUAAAAAAAUAAUUAUAUAGUUAUAUUCAUCUUCUUGUUACAUUUUGUUUAUUGUUAUCGAAGUAUUACUAUUUUGCUGAUAUAAUUGGUAAGUCAUACAACUUGUUAAAUUGUCUUUUAUCUUUACUUUAUUUUUAAUUGUUGUUUACAUGAUGUUAUAAUUUCUUUAAAAUUGUAAAUAAAAUUAUUUUUAAGUGACUAUUCUUUAUAAUUAUGACGAUAUUAUAUACAUUGUGCAUUUUAUUAUUUAUCAGGGUAUUAUUAUAGAAAGAUUAUUUAAUGUAUGUAUGUUGUUAAAUGUAAAACCUAAGAUAUGAAGCCUCGCUUAAAUCCCGCAAUAGGCUGGAAUUUCAUAAUAGUAAUCUUUUGAGAUUAAAAAAUGACAUAAGUACUUACCACAAAAAAUAUUUAAAUAAAUUUGGAUAAAAGAAUACAAAGUUACAAUGAAACAAGUGUUAUUAAAUGAUUAUUAAUAAAUGUUAGUACUCAUUGAAGAGCCGCCAUGGACAAUUCCUACAUACAAAAUAGUCGGACUUUUAACAGAGCUGUGACUAAUUAAAUACAUUUUUGCAUACUGC